AUGAUUAAUAAUAUUUUUCUAUAUUCAAAAUCAAAUAAAACAAAAUAUAAAACAUAUAAAAUUAUAUUAAUAGAAAAUUAUAAAAUUAUUAAAUUAGGUAUUUAUAAUCCUAAAUUAAAUAUUAUUUCUUGUAUGUAUUAUAAAUUAUUAAAAUAUUUAAAAUAUAAUUAUAUUUUAAAUAAAAAUUUAUUAAAAAUUUUAUUAUAUAAAAUAAAAAAUAAUAUAAGAGAAAUGACAGAGUGGUUUAUUGUAUUUGAUUUGAGAUCAAAAAAAUAUUUAAAUAUUUCAUGGGUUCAAAUCCCAUUUUCUCUUUUUAAUAUAAAAUAUUAUUUAAUAAAAAAUGAUAUUUAA